AUGCCUGAUGUUAUGGCUUAUACGACCUUGAUUUCAGCACUGUGUAAAGGGAAUCGGGUAAACAAAGCUUCUGAAUUAUUCAAGGGCUUGAAGAGUAAGGGAGAAUUGAUUGAUAAAGCUAUAUAUGGUGCACUGGUGGAAGGUUUUGUUGCUGAUGGCAAGGUUGGUUCAGCCCUUGACCUUUUAAAGGAUAUGAUGGAUUCUGAUUAUAGGGCGGAUAUGUUGAUCUUUAAUUCCUUGAUACAUGGUUUAUGUAAUUUGAAGCAGCUUGACAAGGCUUAUAAGCUUUUCCAAGUAACAGUUAACCAGGGCCUCCAACCAGAUUUCACAACUGUGAAUCCUAUGUUGGUGUCUUAUGCUGAAUCAAGAGAAAUGGAUGAUUUCUGCAAUUUGCUUGUGCAGAUGCAUAAAUUAGGAUCAUCUGUUUUCGAUGGCCUUUCUAAAUUUUUUUCUUUGAUGGUUGAAAGGGAAGAGAGAUUGCCUUGCACUUUGGAGGUAUUUGGAGAUUUGAAAGGCAGAGGCCAUUGUAGUGUUUCAAUAUACAAUAUUCUUCUGGAAGCUCAAUACAAGAGUAAGCAGGCAAAAGAAGCGUUGUCCCUCUUCACAGAAAUGAAAGCUUCAAACUUUGCACCAGAUUCAACAACUUAUAGUCAUGCAAUUAUGUGUCUUGUUGAUUUAGAGGACGUUAGAGAGGCAUGUCUAUGGUAUAAUAAAAUCAAGGAGAUGGGUUCUAUUCCUUCCAUUGCAGCUUAUUGCUCUCUAGUAAACGAGUUUGCAAAAUUGGAGAGAUUGAUGCUGCAAUUUCACUAG